AUGUCCAGGGCUCGAGUCUACGCAGACAUCAACGUCCACCGCCCUAGAGAUUACUGGGAUUACGAAUCUCUCACGCUUCAAUGGGGUGAUCAAGAUGACUACGAGGUUGUUCGGAAGGUUGGCAGAGGAAAAUACAGUGAGGUCUUUGAAGGUGUAAAUGUUACCAACAAUGAAAAAUGCGUGAUCAAGAUCCUUAAACCGGUGAAGAAAAAGAAGAUAAAGAGGGAAAUAAAGAUACUACAGAAUCUUUGUGGAGGUCCAAAUAUUGUGAAGCUGCUUGAUAUUGUCCGGGAUGACCACUCAAAAACUCCUAGCUUGAUCUUUGAAUAUGUGAACAGUGCAGAUUUCAAAGUGUUGUACCCCACAUUGACAGAUUACGACAUUCGCUACUAUAUAUAUGAACUUCUCAAGGCAUUGGAUUACUGCCAUUCGCAGGGCAUAAUACAUCGAGAUGUCAAACCUCACAAUGUUAUGAUCGAUCAUGAGCUGCGAAAACUUCGCUUGAUUGAUUGGGGUCUCGCUGAAUUCUACCAUCCUGGCAAAGAGUACAAUGUCCGUGUAGCUUCAAGGCACUAUAAGGGGCCUGAACUCCUUGUUGAUUUGCAAGACUAUGACUAUUCUUUAGACUUGUGGAGCCUUGGCUGUAUGUUUGCAGGAAUGAUCUUUCGGAAGGAACAAUUCUUCUAUGGUCAUGACAAUCAUGACCAGCUAGUGAAAAUUGCUAAGGUUCUUGGAACGGACGAAUUAAAUGCAUAUUUGAAUAAAUAUCACCUUGUCCUUGAUCCUCAGCUCGAUGCUCUUGUUGGAAGGCACAGCAGGAAACCGUGGUCAAGAUUUAUCAAUGUGGAUAAUCAACAUCUGGUUUCUCCAGAGGCCAUUGAUUUUCUAGAUAAGCUUCUUCGAUAUGAUCACCAGGAAAGGCUUACAGCAGGAGAAGCAAUGGCACAUCCAUAUUUCUCCCAAGUGAGAAGUGCAGAAAAUAGCCGGAUGCGGACUCAGUAA